ACUCCAUGCCGGGUCUCUCCCUCCUGCUCGCCUCGGCUCGCUCGCGCGGCGACAGAGUUGGCACAAACCCCGCCGGCGCCGCCGCUCCUGCCCCUGCGCCCUCCGCGCCCGCCAUGGGGCCAACUGGGGGCUCCUAAGAGUUGUGGGCUCUCAGCAGCGCGAUCUCCGGCCAAAGUCACCACGGGCGGGUUAUGGCUUAGGGCGCCGAGGGGUCAGCCUAGAGGUAGCGGGAAGGGGAAAGGGCGGCUAACUGGGCAACAAGGGGAAACGAGAAGACAAGCCGAACGAUGAGUUUCCACAAGGAGGACGGAGUGAGCAGCCUGUGCCAGAAGGCGCUGCACAUCGUCACCGAGCUGUGCUUCGCGGGCCAGGUGGAGUGGGAGAAGUGCUCGGGCAUCUUCCCCCCGAAAGGGGGCAGCCAGGGCGGAGGCAGCACAGAUAUUUCAGUCAGCCUGUUAGCAGUCGUUGUCAGCUUUUGUGGCCUGGCCUUGCUGGUUGUCUCACUUUUUGUCUUCUGGAAGUUGUGCUGGCCAUGCUGGAAAAGCAAACCUGUGACUUCCAACAUUAGUACCCUGCCACAGAGCAUUUCCAGUGCUCCUACUGAAGUUUUUGAGACUGAAGAGAAAAAAGAAGUUAAGGAAAAUGAAAAGCCAGCUGUAAAAGCUAUUGAGCCUGCAAUAAAGAUCAGCCACACUUCCCCUGAUAUCCCAGCAGAAGUCCAAACUGCUUUAAAAGAACAUUUAAUUAAACAUGCACGUGUGCAAAGACAAAUUACUGAGCCUACAUCUUCAUCACGCCACAAUUCCUUCAGGAGACACCUACCAAGGCAAAUGCAGGUUUCCAGUGUUGACUUUAGCAUGGGCACAGAACCUGUUUUACAAAGAGGAGAAACAACAACCAGCAUUGGGAGAAUAAAACCAGAGCUCUACAAACAGAAAUCAGUUGACUCCGAGGGCAACGGAAAAGAAGACGUCAAAACCUGUGGGAAACUUAACUUUACCCUCCAGUAUGAUUAUGAAAAUGAACUUCUAGUUGUUAAAAUAAUCAAAGCCUUAGAUCUCCCUGCUAAAGACUUCACUGGAACUUCUGACCCUUAUGUGAAGAUGUAUCUUCUUCCAGAUAGGAAAAAGAAAUUUCAGACCCGUGUGCACAGAAAGACCUUAAAUCCUCUAUUUGAUGAAACUUUUCAAUUUCCUGUAGUGUACGACCAACUAUGCAACCGAAAGCUACAUUUCAGUGUGUAUGAUUUUGACAGAUUUUCUAGACAUGACAUGAUUGGGGAAGUGAUUCUUGAUAAUUUGUUUGAAGUCUCUGAUCUCUCCAGGGAAGCCACAGUAUGGAAAGAUAUUCAUUGUGCUACCACAGAAAGUAUAGACCUGGGUGAAAUCAUGUUUUCCCUUUGUUAUUUGCCGACGGCUGGACGUAUGACAUUAACGGUUAUCAAGUGCAGAAAUCUGAAGGCAAUGGAUAUUACUGGUUCAUCAGAUCCUUAUGUCAAAGUGUCUCUGAUGUGUGAGGGUCGAAGAUUAAAAAAGAGGAAAACAACUACAAAGAAAAACACUCUAAACCCUGUGUACAAUGAGGCUAUUAUUUUUGACAUCCCUCCAGAGAACGUGGACCAAGUCAGCCUCUCCAUUGCAGUCAUGGAUUAUGAUAGGGUAGGACACAAUGAGGUCAUAGGAGUGUGCAGAACAGGACUGGACGCGGAAGGUCUCGGGCGAGACCACUGGAAUGAAAUGCUGGCCUACCACCGAAAACCCAUAACACACUGGCACCCCUUGCUGGAGUUACCUGGCCGGGCAACCAGUUUUGAUAGUCAAGGAUCCUGUCCAUCUCCCAAACCACCUUCCACACCAUAAUGCCUCCAAAAUAAGAUCAUUAUAAUAAGGACCGAGGAUCAUGUGCUCAUUGGAUCAGGAAAAAAAAAAGUGGAAGGUUUUAUUUCCUCAUUUAAAAUAUAUCCAUCAUAAUGUACAAACUUGAUGUGUAAUUUUUUAUUUACUUUUUUGUCUGUUUUUUUUUUAAACUUUGAACAUCUUAAUACAUUUUACUUCAAUACAAAUAGUCCUUAGAUGCAUAAGGCAUUUUAUCCUUCCUGUCAUAUGCCUAUUAGCUCACAGUGUUUUAAUAUGUUCUAAUUCUUUGCAUAAGCAAAGAAAUAAGUUUUUUAAAGAUUAAUUACUUAUGUAAAAUUAAAUAUAGUUUAUGCUGCUAUUGUAUAAAGUAGCACAUGGCGCAUACAUAUGGUUUCGAUUUUGUUACAACUAUGUUCAUUUCCAAUUGUGCACAUGGUUCUAUAUAAACUUUAAAGGAAAUUUGAACUUAACUUACACAUCAUUAAAUCUUUGCACAGUAAAAUUGAUGUUACCUAUCUGAUAAUAUCUUUCUUUUAUCUCAGCAAAUUCUUUUCUUGGUGAGGUUUGGCUCUGCUAACCCUCAAGCUUGUUCUUUAAAACAUACAGAUAAAGCUGUAAAUUUAAAGAAUCAUUUUGAAUAUAAAUUUCAGAAGUGACACAUUUAGUGACUGGAAAGUGGAGAUUGAGCCAUUAUAGCUACUAUUUUAUACUGUCUUCUUGUUAUAUUAGUUCAAACAAUUGUUGCACCAUUUAACUGGUAUUUUUUUAAAUUCUAAUAAUCUCAAAUGUAGCAUUAGUAUUCUGAAGUGAAUAGAAUCAGAAGUUCAUUUUUAAAGUGUCUGUAAGGUUCUCAAAUACUAUGAUGUGUAUUUUUUGUGACAUGUUAUUUUUGUGACAUGAAGUUAUCUUGUAGGCCCUGUGUUUCUGGUAGAUCGUAUUAGCAGACACCAAAGGUACAACUAAACUGUCUGUGCUCAUUGUCGUUUAAAUUGUACACAGUAAUAGUGACUUUUAAACCCAAUCAGAAGCUAAUCAUUGAAACUGAGUAUUUUCUUAAAGAAAGGAUGAUUUAUUUUUCCGCAAACCACAGAAACAUACCGUAAAUAAUACAACUUCAACAUUUAAUAAAAAUAAACAAAUGAAUUGUAAAGGCCAAGACUUCCAGUCCUUUCGUGAGACGCAUUUGCCUUCAUAAGGACCAAGGAUCAGGCCACUAGAUGUAAAGACUAUGCAAAUGUUUUUACAAGACAGAACUUUCUUUUAAAUCAGGUCAAUUUUUCUGUCUCAUUUUCAGGCCCUAUUGGAAGGCAUCUAUAUUGGAUUACCCCAACCUUACUUUUGAGAUGUGUACUAUAGAUAGUGCAUAUUUCAGCUUAUUCUAAGAGAGAAAGGGGGUUUUUUUUUGUUUGUUUAAAAAAAG